AUGGGCUAUGGUAUGGGCUAUGGUAUGGGCUAUGGUAUGGGCUAUGGUAUGGACUAUGGUAUGGGCUAUGAUAUGGGCUAUGAUAUGGACUAUGGUAUGGGCUACGGUAUGGACUAUGGUAUGGGCUAUGGUAUGGGCUAUGGUAUGGACUAUGGUAUGGACUAUGGUAUGGACUAUGGUAUGGGCUAUGGUAUGGACUAUGGUAUGGGCUAUGAUAUGGGCUAUGAUAUGGGCUAUGGUAUGGGCUAUGGUAUGGACUAUGGUAUGGACUAUGGUAUGGGCUAUGAUAUGGGCUAUGUUACAUAA